UCCAGCACAUGCUCAUUCACUGGGCAGAUCGAGAGGCUGGAGAAUCUGUGCCUCCUCCACACCUUCAGUAAGAAACCGCGGGGGUCAGGCGCUCUCCGAAGUGACGCGGACAGCUGAAUGUUAAUUGCGGACUUUUAUCCUCGACCACUGGACUAGCUGAACACGGAAACGUGGAGCCCGAGAAAUGCGGGCGCAAAAUAUCUGAACAUCGCGACUGGACACGUAAAGAAAUAAUAAAGCAGCCCACUGCGCGAUGGAGAGCUGAGAGCAAGUUGGAUCUGGACUUGUUCCAUGCGUCUUUUUGCGCGGCGGGCUCUUCCGUGCCAAGGAAGCCUUUUGAGAAGUCCAGGCGUCCGGUUUGUGCUGCGAAACUGGGUGUUUUUGUUUGAUCCACAAAGCACAGAUAACUUGACCAAGUGGAGCUACAAAGACUCCUGCGCUGCGUAAUUUGGAUACAAGGAAGGAGAAAAAAAAAUGCUGGCCAGGAUCAUUUUCAUUUGCUCCUUCUUUGCUGGUGCUAGUUUUGGAGAUACUGAGCCCAAGGCAUUGUACGGUGGAGCUUGCAAAUCUUUGUGCACUUGUGAAGAGAAAGAUGGACACUUGUACAUGAACUGUGAAGACAGAAACAUAAGCAAAAUCUCAGACGUGAAAGUACCGUCAGAUAUGCCUUUGCAUUUAAACCUGUAUAAAAAUGACUUAGUGGAGUUACUUGCAGAGGAUAUGGAUGCUUUCAAGAACGCCGUCACGUUACAUCUUGGUGCCAACAGCAUACAGGAGCUUGAACCUGGCGUGUUCAGUGCGCUGGGAUCCCUGAGAAAGCUGCACAUAAACAGCAAUUUCCUGGUCAUGCUGAAGGAGGACACAUUUCACGGCUUGGUAAAUUUGGAAUACCUUCAGGCUGACACCAACUUCAUCCGGGUCGUAGAGCCUGGGGCCUUCAGCAAGCUUGUCCGUCUUAAAGUUUUGAUCCUCAAUGACAACUCCAUCGAGUUCCUUCCAAGCAACAUUUUCCGCUUUGUGCCUCUGACACAUUUGGAUCUGCGUGGGAACAAGCUGCAGACACUGCCGUACGUGGGUUUCCUGGAGCAUAUCGGUCGUAUCAUGGAGCUCCUGUUGGAGGACAACAACUGGAUGUGCAAUUGUGAAAUUUUGCAUUUGAAGGUCUGGAUCGAGAACAUGCGGGCACAGUCAUCCAUCGGCGAGGUGGUUUGCAACAGGCCUGAUGAUCUUAGAGGCAUUUCUUUGGCCAGGGUCAAAAGGGAUUUACUUUGCCCCUCCCAUGCUGACAUCAAUCUCGAAGAGCCAUCAAAGUCUCUAGACAUGGUUGUCACCCCGUCCACCAAGGUUGUUCAGAUACCUAAUGUCAACGAUGGCACAAAAAUACCCACACCUGCAAACGGCCUAGGUACAUUUUGCGUGCCGAUGUGCUCUUGUCCUCCCCAAAGCAUGGGUUUCUUAAUGCACUGCGAGGACCGAGGCAUUCAAAGGAUAUCUGAUAUAGGCAUUCUUGAACAAAGCCCAACCAAGCUGUUUUUGACGGGAAAUAUGAUACAGCGACUUUUCAAGUAUGACUUUGUGACGUACGACAGUCUGGAACUGCUCAAUUUGGCAAACAACCAAAUAGACUACAUUGACAAUGAAACCUUUCUGAGUUUGAGCAAUUUAAAAAAGCUGUACCUGAAUGGAAACAGGAUAGAGAGAAUCUCAGCAACAAUGUUUCUUGGCCUUCACAACUUGGAAUACUUGUACUUGGAGCAUAAUGCCAUCAAAGACAUUGAGGCUGGAACGUUCAACCCUUUGACAAAUCUAAAGCUCCUGUUCCUGAACAACAAUCUACUCAACACUCUCCCUGCACAGAUAUUUCGUAACGUGCCCUUGGUGAGAUUGAACCUAAGGAAAAAUGUCUUUAUGCACUUACCGGUGAGUAAUGUGCUGGACCAGCUCAAUUAUUUGGAGCAAAUUUAUCUUGAGGACAAUCCUUGGGACUGCACUUGUGAUUUGGUCAGCCUCAAACAGUGGGUGGAAAAGCUAAGCAAGGACACCGUGAUGGGUACCAUCUUAUGCCACACUCCUCAAAAACUGUCUACUGCUGAGGUUAGAAACCUGAAGCAUGAUGUUCUCUGUCCUGGCUUGGUCACCUAUAAGUCCUUACCUGGAGACACCAAGGAUGCUAUCAUAGCCACGCCUGCGCCAGGGGUUGGCACCAGUGGCUUCUUCCGGUCUCUGACAGAAGCAGUGCCACUAUCGGUGCUCAUCCUCUGCCUUCUCAUCCUCUUUCUGACCUUCAUUUUCUGCGCUGCGGGGAUCAUUGUGUUUGUGCUACACCGUCGGCGGAGACAGGCCAAGAAGAAACAAGCUGAGGAGCAACCUCGCGAGAGCAGUCCCAUCCACCUGCACUACAGCAUGUACGGCCAGAAGACCACCCACCACGUAACUGAAAGGCAAGGACCCGGCAUGUACGACGAACCUUCCCGUAGCCCCAUCGUUCAGAUCUGCAGAAACCCUAGUUACUGCUCUCAGCACAAAGAAUAUGAAUUGGACGAGUACAACAGUGAGAAAUCUAAGCAUAUCUGCCAUAGCAUCCUCGACAAGGAGAGCGACUCCCUCCUUACGGGACCCAACGUGAAGUUCAGGGCCGUCACCGACUACCCUGCAGAGUUUGUGAGUUUGGGAGAUGCGAGCUCCUUGUACAAGAACAUCUUAGAAAGGGAACGGGAGCUCCAACAGCUCAGCCUCAGCGAAUAUCUCAGGAAAAACAUAUCACAGCUACAACCAGCGGUGGACAUGCAAGUCCCCAACCACCACAAGGAGCUUAAACUAAUGGAGACUCUUGUUUAUACGAGGCCUCGGAAGGUCAUGGUGGAACAGACUAAAAACGAGUACUUUGAACUCAAAGCCAACUUACAUGCCGAACCAGACUAUUUAGAAGUCUUAGAGCAUCAAACGACUUUCAACUGAGAUAAGUACGCUGUAUACUUUGAUUUGACAAAUGAUACUCCAAGUGCCUUGACAGUUCAUUCUGAGUUCUGAUUUAGCCCCGAAAGAUAUAAUAAAAUUAUGUCAGAGUAGAGGCAAAAGAGUCACAAACAGUUGUCUUUGGACAAGAUUGGCUUUGAUACCAGAACAUUUGUUGUGCAUUGUGGUUAAUGCAUUCUCUUUAUGUUUGUUAGGGAAGACUAGCAUAGAGUCACUUCUCAUUUCUAUCUGUGUAUCUCUUAUUAUGUACGUGACAUCUUCAAGCACUGUUUAUCUGUAGCAAUGGAAGAAAUCGUGUUUUCUUUCUUUUGUUUCUGUCAUACAGAACAUUUAUGGUUAGUUUAAUGAUUGCCUGAUUUGCUACGUUUUGAAUUAAACAUUCCCAACACAGUUUUUGUUCAUUAAAUAUUAAAUAAUGGUUGUAUUUGGAUCGCAAGAUGCCUGAAAAUUGCAUUUAUUAAUAAAUAAGGCAUCAUCAAGAGCGAGUAGCUUGCCAAACGGCUAUUGUUUUGACCCUGAGGUCAGACUUUAUGAGUGGGCUCAUUUAUCGUGCCUGAAAUUGGCCUCUCACCUGGAAUUCUCAACACGCCUGGAGAGUUUGUUCAGAAAUCAUGUCACACAGACCCACUUGCUCAUUACCUCCACUGCUUCUGAUAUGGACAAAAACUCUGCUGGGCAUCCUUGGAGAAAAUUAAAAGAAAAGAAUUGCACUACUUAAAAUACCAUUUAAAGGUGGUUGAUGACAAUCACGUUGUUGGGCCGCACAGUCUAUGCCAUUUUUCCCAUAAGAAAACCAACUAGUGUAGCUUCUGGUUUGUAUAAUAGUGUUGUUUAAAGUUCCUUUUGAAAACACUAAUCAUAUCCAACUAUUUUCUUUCAGCAUGACAAUUAUGCAGGGUGUUUUAUCUUCAUUAUCUGGCUGGAGAAGAAAAUAAAAUAUAUAUCUAUAUAUGUAUACAGAAAAUAUGCACACAAAUUAUUGUGUUAAGCCUUGAAAUGUUUUACUGUAUGGAGGAGCACCAUAGCUUUAUUUUGUACAAGUGUGGAUGAGAGUUAUUUAUUCUGUAUAUUUGUACAUAAUUUAACAUUUAUAUAUGUUUGUGUGCCUUUAAUGUGGUACCAAU